UAAAAUUAGUUUAUUGGUAUUUGAGGAUUCCGUUGUGGAUUAAUUAGCGUGACCCGUUCCGGUUCUGUUUGCAGCGUCAUUGAAUUUGUUAUACUUUCCGUCAAUGGCCGCCGUUUGCAUUUGGCUUCUGGGUGGUUCCGUUCCGUCGUUUUGGGACCGUUCCGUUACCCGUGACGCCGUUCACUAUCUCUCCGUUACGUUCGUCCAGUUGCUUUGCGUGUGGUGUCAGGGUUCCCGAAACCAGUGGCGGAUGAGUGUUUUAAAAGGAUGGGCACAAGCACAACUCACAAGUGGCUUACACCCGACGCAUACUGGACUGCUAGUUAGAUUAGAUCACACGUCAUUUACACUACUUAGGUGGAUUAGUAAUGGACCAGCCACGCGUCAAAGCCAGACCAAUUGGUGAUGGAGUUUUGAUAGUUAAAUUUCAUUUAACCCAGACUUAAUAAUAUAUAAGAGAAGUUAAAUUUGAUAUAUUAAUAUAACAUUAUAUUUAAUUAAAAACAUAAAAUUUAAAUUUAAAUAUAUUUAUUAAAAUAAAGAAUAUAGAUACCAUAAAAUAUAUAAAAUAAAGAGAGAGAGAGAUAGUUGAGGUUAAAUAGAAGAUGAGAAUAAAUAUAACAAAGUAGUGACUAGUGAGAAGUUUUGAGAAUAAAAGGAAUAAAACAUUUUUUGACAAAAUAUAAAGAUCAAGUGGAUAUGUUUCUUUAACACUAACGGUUAUAGAUAAUUAUAAGAUAUUAUUUAGUUUAAUUGUUAAUGUAUUAUUAUUAUAAUUUUAAGAUGUGAGAUGUUUACUAUC